GGACGAUCACCUUUAAAACAAUCUCAUAGAUUCUCUGAAACAGAACACAAUACACAACUACACAACACUCCUUUCGAUUAAUCUUUUUGUCUGAAUGGACAAAGCACGCGACAUCUCUCUGUCUUUUAUCUUCUCUCUCCUCCCUUAAAAACCGAGUUUCAAUAGAGAAUGAGAGAGAAAGAAAAGUAAAGAAAUCUGAAAUCAAUCUCUUUUAGCUAAAGCUUUAGCUUCUGAAGCAGCUUCUCGAGCUCAAAAACAAACCCUAGUUAAAAAACAAAAAUGGCGCCGACACAAAUGCUGCUGCAACUUCUUCCUCUCCUCCUCAUUUUCUUUAACCGGGUCGGAUCAGUACCCACCGACGAGUUACAGACACUGUUAGACAUUAAAAAGGAGCUAGACCCAGAAGGCAAACACCUCGUUUCAUGGAGCAUCAAUGGAGAUCUGUGCAAAGACUUCGAAGGCGUUGGCUGCGAUUGGAAAGGACAAGUUUCCAACAUAUCUCUACAAGGGAAAGGGCUUUCCGGUAAACUCUCUCCGGCCAUUGCAGAGCUUAAACACUUGACGGGUCUGUUCUUGCAUUACAAUGCUCUUGUCGGAGACAUCCCUAGAGAACUCGGUAACUUGUCGGAGCUUACGGAUCUUUACCUCAAUGUUAACAAUCUCUCCGGAGAGAUUCCUUCUCACAUUGGGAAGAUGGAAAGCUUGCAAGUUUUGCAGCUGUGUUACAACAAUUUGACAGGAAGCAUUCCAAGGGAGAUUGGUUCACUGAAGAAGCUCAGUGUUCUUGCUCUUCAGUCCAACAAACUCAGCGGUGCUAUACCCGCCAGUUUAGGGGAUUUAAACGCGUUAGAGCGGCUAGAUUUGAGCUACAAUCACCUCUUUGGUUCCGUGCCUGGUAAACUAGCUGUCCCUCCUCUGCUUAGAGUCCUCGAUAUCCGCAACAACUCUCUCUCUGGCAAUGUACCUCCUGUACUGAAGAGACUGAAUGAAGGUUUUGCUUUUGAGAACAACUUGGGGCUAUGUGGAGCUGAGUUCUCGCCUUUGAAACCUUGCAAUGGCACAGCUCCCGAGGAACCAAAGCCGUAUAGUGCAACCGUGAACGGUUUUCCAUCGAGGGCUAUACCGGAGUCAGCUGAUCUUCAGUUACCUUGCAAUGGAACUGAAUGUAGUGGUGCUCCUUCUCCAAAUUCUCACCAAGGUUCAAUCUUGAUCGGUCUGGUUGUCUCGACCAUCGCCUUGUCCGCCGUAAGCAUCCUCUUGUUCACACACUACCGCAGACGCAAACAGAAGCUUUCAACUGCUUAUGAGAUGUCUGAAGCCGGACUCAACGCCAAAGGAAGGAAGAACAAGGGUAGUUCUCCAUUGGCCAGUCUUGAAUAUUCCAGCGGUUGGGAUCCGCUUUCAGACAAUAGGAAUCUCAGCAUCUUUGAUCAGGAGGUUAUCCAGAGCUUUAGAUUCAACCUGGAAGAGGUUGAGACAGCUACUCAGUAUUUCUCGGAAGUGAAUCUGCUCGGAAGAAGUAACUUCUCGGCGACUUACAAAGGAAUCUUGAGGGAUGGCUCUGCUGUCGCCAUCAAACGGUUUAGUAAAACAAGCUGCAGAUCCGAAGAGCCGGAGUUCUUGAAAGGACUCAACAUGCUGGCGUCUCUCAAACAUGAAAAUCUGGCGAGGCUUAGAGGCUUCUGCUGUUCAAGAGGACGUGGAGAAUGCUUCCUCAUCUAUGAUUAUGCUCCCAACGGAAAUCUACUGAGCUAUCUUGAUCUCAAAGAUGGAGAUACUCAUGUUCUUGAUUGGUCUACUAGAGUAUCCAUCGCCAAAGGCAUCGCUAAGGGAAUUGCUUACCUGCAUUCAUACAAAGGAAACAAACCGGCUUUAGUUCACCAAAACAUCUCAGCUGAGAAAGUCUUGAUCGACCAGCGAUACAGUCCCUUGCUCGCAAACUCCGGUCUACACACACUUCUCACAAACGACAUUGUCUUCUCUGCAGUCAAAGACAGUGCGGCAAUGGGAUAUCUAGCUCCAGAAUACACCACGACAGGACGAUUCACCGAGAAGUCCGAUGUCUAUGCGUUUGGGGUUCUUGUGUUUCAGAUACUCUCUGGGAAACAGGAGGUUAGGAGUCUGGUGAAGCUUGGAACUGAAGCGUGUAGGUUUCAUGAUUACAUUGACCCAAAUCUCCAGGGGAAGUUCUUUGAAUACGAAGCCACCAAGCUUGCGAGAAUCGCGUGGCUGUGUACUCAUGAAUCUCCCAUUGAGAGACCCUCCGUGGAAGCUGUUGUUCAUGAGCUUGGGAACUGUAGCAGCUGUCUCUGAGGAACCAUAUGAGUUGUGAUGUACCUUUAGGAAUCAAGGAAGGGUUUGGUGUUAGUCGCCUUUUCUUGUGUUUAUUAGAGUUAAGAAAAGAUGCUCUUCUGCUUUUUUCCCUUCUUGUUGAUGAUGUUUGAAACUGUUCAGUGUGUUGUUGUUUUAGAUAAUUGUUUUAUUAGAAUCAUAUUUUGAAUUUGGUUCUGUUUGCCACAA